AAUGACAAUUUAUCUUUUCAACUUUUUUCUUAUUCCACUCUCUCAUUUAACUAUUCUCUCUCAUUUUUUUAUAUUUUUUUGUGUUUUGUAUUUUUCAAAGUCUAUUUUUUAUAUUCCCCAGACAAUUGCAAUUGCUCUUUCAAGCAGAAGAACGUCAAAAAUAAAGAAAUUUAUAUUUUUUGUUUAUUGGGGCACGCGGCCCAUUUUUUAAAGUUUUCUUUGUUAAUCUUUCUUUAUUCUUUAGUUUUUUUGGUUAAUUUUAAGAGGAUUUCUAGUCAUUUAAUUGUCUCAUGUUGUAAAACACGUGCGGGCAAUUAGUGUCAUUUACGCGCCUCUUUUUUCUUUUUUUCAGUUACUUUUGGUUUUUGGUGGGUAUUUUUAAAUUUAGUAAAAUUGGUUUGGGUUGCGACUUGUGGACAGGGUCUGGGACCAUUUUUCAGUCUUUUAGAGCCUUUUUUGGGUUUCCAAAAAAUUAUUGGAAUGUUUUAGAGAUCGGGCUGGGUCCGGACCAAGGCCUGCGUUUUUCCUGGACAACUG